AAGCUGCUUGACCGAUCUCUGCAGUCGCGUACUGCCCAGAGACCCUACUGUACCAAUUACCACGGGUAAUGGGCCCAAUACCAACUUUUGCGGCCCGCGCACCUUCCCCUUUUGGAUCUUUCUCCAACUACCCAGGAUCCCAGCGCUGAUUCCCUGUCAACGCGAAUAAAAAGCACCUUUCGUAUGGCAAAGGGUGCGCCGGAAACUCAAUUGUAAUGAAUGCAAUUUGGGAGCUUUGGCGCCAUGUCUCCUAUUUCCAUGGUCUCAUGAGACCUCAAAACCCGAUGCCGGCAUCCAUUCCACUUGGCGUCCUUCGUCAAAGCUUUUUUCGCCUGCAUCAUCCUCUUACUGACGGAAUCGGUCACGAGACAAACAGGGCACCAUGUCCGACGAUGCAGAGUUUUCACGGGUCAAUCUCUCCAUUGACGUCCAUGCUCGAGUGCUCAUAUGUUGCCACGACGUAUGCCGCGUUGCCCUUUCUCCCAGCCCUGCUCAAGUCAGUCAGCAUCUCCGAACGAAGCAUAACAUACCUGCUGCUGAGCGACGUCUGGUGACCGAUCUUUUGAAGGCUCGCACCUCACCACUACAGUGCCCUUCUGAAGCUCCCGUACGACAAGAUGGCUCAUCCCCAGACCCGAACCUACACCUCGUCCACGGGUUUACGUGCAAGUUCUGCAUUGAACGUACAGGCAGCUCCCAGGUCAUGUCUCGUCAUAUAACUUCGGCGCAUGAGAAGCAAAGACUCCAGCUAGGAGUGCGAAGGAACGCCAUGUAUGAACCCGUGUUCCUGCAAGCGUGGACUAAAAGUCCUUCGGGGGGACGUUACUGGAUUGUCGAAUAUGGCGGGUCUACGACCAGACCAGUCGGAGGCAAGGAAGUUUACGAUCAUCUUGAAGAUGUUUUCGAGCGUGAGAGAGGCCGACAGAAAGGCUUUUCAGGUGGGGACUUGGCGAACGGGGCUGGUACUACUAGGAGCUCACAAACCACAACAUUCACAGAUCCCAGGCCAUGGCUGGAGAGAACCGGCUGGGAACGGACUUUUGGGGGAAUCGACCGAGAACUGCUAAAAAACCUAACUACCGCGCCCUCUCCUGUGACUUCACGCCGGGGCCUGAUACUGAAAGAGGUCAGUAAUCGAUCUAGCGAUGUUUAUUCCGAUGAAUGGAUGAUAAGCUCGGCGGAUGACGAACGCAAAAUCACUGCUCUCCUUGCCGCCGUGGACAUGCUAAUGGACCGCUGCGAGCAAACGGCAUGGGCAACAAGCAGAAGUCUUCUGUGUUGGCUGCGUAGUGUACGCCCUCACGGGUGCUAUGCGAAGCCAUUCACAUUUGUGGGAAAGGCGGCAAGUAGAAGGAAAUACAUCCGUCUCCUCAAGCGCUUCGUCGCUUUGGUUUUUCGAGCUUAUCGCCUACCUGCGGACAUUCGACAGCGCCGGGCGGGCAUCCGUUUCAAGAAGUCACAGCUUCGUUUGAUAUCAGCACUGUGGAACCAUGAGGCUUGGACCCAGCAUGAUGCUUUAACCGAGCAGCUCUGGCGAAGUAUGAAGCUAUCUGAUGGGGCCGAUGUUGAAGUUGACUGCGAUGUAGAGAGCACCGAUGGAGAGGAUGAUUGUGAAGACGGAGACGACAGCGACGAUCAGAGUAGUGUCAUGGGUGCUGACGACUCUGAGACCGACGAUAUGGAUGAUGAAGAUGAGGAGAGUGAAGAGGAAGAUCACAACCGGAACGAGGAUCAGAGCGGGAAAACUAACGCGAUGAGGAAUUCAGGCGGGGGAAAAUUCCCACCAUGGAUCAAAGAGGUGCUAGAAUUCCUAUUUGGGCUAAUCAUGGCAUUCUGCACGGAGGAAGUCAUGGAUGGUCGCCCAGAUUCAACGCUGCUAGUGUAUUAUAGCGGUGUCCUUGGAUUCUCGGCUGAUCUCACUGGUUUUCUUCCUGCCAGGUCAUAUACGUCUAACCUCGCCGCGCUGAUAUACAUACAACGCCUUCUCUUCCUCGAGUACGCUGUACCAACGCAGGACUACCCUCGUCUUGGAAUUUCGAGACGCCCUCGGACGAAUCAGCUCGCACACCUGCAGAAUGUUCGUCAAGAAUACCUAGUCCUCGGAUCACAGUCACCAUUCGAGGAGUUAUUCUCUCUACUCGCAUUUGGAAGGGCAAUAGCAGGCUCAGAAACACCUGCCUUCCUCCUCAAAUGGAGCGAUGACGGUCAGAUUUUGUCAUACAGAGACGACAUUGCGGUUCACAUGGAACAGUUCCGACGUCUCCCGAAGGCGCUUUUGGCGCGCGCGGAGGGUCUUUGUGAGCAGUUGAUGUAUGGGUGGAAACCGCCAUGCGAUCUCUCUUCCGUCAAAGACGAUAUGGCAAAUACGACACACGAAUUUUCAUUCGUUAGUCACCUGAAGAACGGGCUGGGAGAGGCUUAUUUGGAACUAACCUUGAAAGCUUGCACUAGUCAAGCGGACUCCCUUUCGCGAAAAGGGCGAUGGAACCAGAAGGCGAUAUUCGAAUACCUGAAGAAAGAAGAAGCAUUGCGCGAGAACCUGGCAGGUCUGAUGCUCAUGACGUGCGGAGGUCAGUCCCGUUCACCAGACCUGCUCAGUGUCCGAGUGCGUAAUCACAGGACUAGCGAGCGUGGCCUUUACAUAUAUAACGGCUAUAUGAUCUAUGUCACCCGUAGUCACAAAGCAAAGCGCUCAACCAAUAGGGAAUUCGUUGUUGCUCGGUUCUUCCCUUCCCAGGUCGGUCACUUGAUGUAUACAUACCUUGUAUAUAUUCGUCCUUUCGUGAAUAUGCUUGCUCGAAAGCAACUGCCGAAUAUCGAUGGCUGUUCCCUUUUUUUCUUCCGGAGCCGGCCCGAGUCUGACAGCCCCCAUUGGUCCACUGAACGCCUCACCAAGAUAGUCAGACGUAUCACACGACAGGUUUGGGACCAGGGGAUUACGCUGCGCCUCUUACGACAGAUCUGUAUUGGGAUUGCUGAUAAGCACGUUCGUGAGGUGAGCCGUCCUUUUAACCAGUUUGAUGACCGGACGGAUAAUGCGGAUCGAGGAGUGGUAUUCGCCUGGUCGAGCGGCCACCGCCCGCUACAGCGAGCGAGGGCAUACGGGCUUGAUGGGGCCUUCGCGACGCAUCUACAGCCUCAGUUACUUGAGCGUUACGAAUGGGUGUCAGUUCGUUGGCACGAAUUCUUGCACCUACCCAGUAGAUAUGCCUCUAGGCUUGUGCACGCUGGACCUGAUCCUAUUGCUCCAUGGUUCGGUACACCUAGUGCAACGAGUCUGGAUGAUGACUCUCAUAAUUGCUUGUUCACGUCAUCACCUCCAUCUUCUCCACAGGCUCCGUCAUAUGGCGCUAAAUCCUUCACGAAGAACAAUGGGGGGCAGAACUUGUUGAAGCGUCGCUUCAUAAUCAUCACUCCUCAAACGCCGACGAAAAGAAGGCGGGUUCAAUUUGCAGGAUCAUCAUCUCCUAUAUUGGAUCCACCAAACCGAUCAUGGGGAGAGUCUAUAGCUCCUGUGUUUGGCAAGAUGAAUGAGUCUGAGAGUGUUACUACGGCAGAUGAGCAGGAAAGGAUCAUUUCGUAUCUCAACCGGAAACAAGCUGAAAUUCGUCUACUCAACGAGAGAGAAGCAGAGAUCGUCAUCCCGACCGAGACCAGUAACGAGAUCUUCACGGCCGAUCCGUGCCUCGAUCUCAUCGAUCGACUUAACUGGAUCCAUCAGACCACUGAGGCUUGGAGAUUUGUCGGCUGCGAGCUUUGUUUCAUAAUCAAGGGUGGGCCGGAACCCAAUCAUGGAUUAGACAGCUGCGAACAGUGGCUCGCUAGCAAGCAUGCCAAGCGUAUUCUACAGUGGCUUACCACCCUCAAGAUUCCACGAUACUAUAAUGUCAGGGUGGUCUGUAGCAUGUGUGGGCAUGGAUGGUUCGUGUGUGAUGAGAUGGGACAAGGAGAGCUCGCCCGCCGUGAAGCACGCAGUCAAAGAAGCAGCAGCGGAAAGGCAAAUUUGGUGAAAGAGUAUGAUGCUGCGUCUGACCAUGAUGGCUACUGUAUGAACAAACCAGUAGUGCGCAGAAUCGUCGCGGCGUUGUGCGCGUACGAUGAUCAAAUUCUUGGCAAGGUUUUGACGAAGAUGGCAUUCGAUCACGAAGGCAUAGAUCUGACUUCAGAGAGCCAGGCAAGGCUCUGGCUAGAGCAGAGAAUACGGUCUCAAGACGACUACUGGGUCUCAAGGCUCAUCUACUCUAGUAUACUAAUUGGUAACAGGCCCCGUUACCGGUUUUAGGCCAAUUACAGGCUUAGGAAUCAGCAUGGAUUCCUAAUGCUGGUAACGGGUCCCGCAUGAGUCAACGGGUACUCUAUAAUAGGAAAUGUAACGCUUGAAUAAGAGUCACUCUAUCGCAACAUACCAUGACAUGCCACGACAGCAAUAUUAAUUCAAAAAGAA